UAAAACCUGCCCUGCUGACUUGGUCCGUCAAUUCGACAACAACUAAAUAAAACAAAAAAGAAAUUCGACGUGUAUUAGCUGCAAGGUUGAUGGAAGAGAAGGGCGUGCUUCAAUCGCAACCCACCCUUCUCCCUCCCUCUCCUUCCCCUCCCCAUUACUGGAUGCUAGCUUGGUGGUAGCCUUUGCAUGUCGUGUAGCACUCCCAGUCAAAAGUUGCGUUUCGUCAUUUUUCACCCCAAAAUAUUCUACUCGGGGAACAUCAGACUGCGGUAAAGGCAACAAGAUGGGAUGUACUCUGAGCACGGACGACAAGGCGGCGCAGGAACGCAGCAAGAUGAUCGACAGGAACCUCCGGGACGACGGAGAGAAAGCUGCCCGGGAGGUGAAGCUGUUGCUCCUCGGUGCUGGCGAGUCUGGGAAGAGCACAAUUGUUAAACAGAUGAAGAUCAUCCACGAAGCAGGCUACUCAGAGGAAGAGUGUAAGCAGUACAAGGCUGUUGUCUACAGCAAUACCAUCCAGUCCAUCAUUGCCAUCAUCAGAGCCAUGGGACGCCUCAAGAUUGACUUUGCCGACUCAGCCAGAGCCGAUGACGCACGACAGCUGUUCGUGUUGGCCGGCUCGGCCGAGGAGGGCUUCAUGACGGGCGAGCUGGCCGGGGUCAUCCAGCGGCUGUGGAAAGACAGGGGAGUGCAAGCGUGCUUCGGCCGCUCCCGAGAGUACCAACUCAACGACUCUGCGGCAUACUAUCUGAAUGACCUGGACAGGAUAUCACAUGGCGCUUAUGUGCCCACCCAGCAAGAUGUGCUGAGAACCCGAGUUAAGACCACCGGCAUCGUGGAGACGCACUUCACCUUCAAGGAUCUGCAUUUCAAAAUGUUCGAUGUCGGUGGCCAGAGGUCAGAGAGAAAGAAAUGGAUCCACUGCUUCGAGGGCGUCACCGCUAUCAUCUUCUGUGUGGCUCUCAGCGACUAUGACCUCGUGUUAGCCGAGGAUGAGGAGAUGAACCGAAUGCACGAGAGCAUGAAGCUGUUUGAUUCUAUCUGCAACAACAAGUGGUUCACAGACACCUCCAUCAUUCUCUUCCUCAACAAGAAGGACCUGUUUGAAGAGAAGAUCAAAAAGAGCCCCCUCACAAUCUGCUACCCAGAAUAUGCAGGCUCAAACACCUACGAAGAAGCAGCGGCCUACAUCCAGUGUCAGUUUGAAGAUCUGAACAAGCGGAAGGACACCAAGGAGAUCUACACCCACUUCACCUGCGCCACCGACACCAAGAAUGUGCAGUUCGUGUUCGACGCUGUCACCGAUGUCAUCAUCAAAAACAACCUGAAGGACUGUGGCCUUUUCUGAGGGUGACCGUGUGAUUCAGGCAGCCCAGCGGUGCUCCUGCCGUGUGACUUUAUUCAACGAGUAUCUGGCUUUCACAGACUCCGCUGACAAUUGUCACUUUGUGCGUUUAAUUAACUUAUGUUCAUCUCUCAAAGGUUUUAAUGGCGCAGUGUAGACGAGAAACAUUUUGUGUAAAAUAUUUGUACAACUGUCUUUGGCUGGGGGAUUUUCAACCUUUUUAAAAAAUUUGCUCCUUUGAUCUAUCAUUUAUAUAUAUAUAUGUAUAUGAAUAUAUAUAUAUAUAUAUAUAUAUAUAUAUAUAUAUAUAUAUAUAUAUAUAUAUAUAUAUGAAUGAAGAGGAGGAUACUUGCUUCCCCCAUCUUUGAAUCAACAUGUUAAUGUUUAAUUUCAGCAUGCCUUAGUUACCUUUUGUUAAUUUAGAUGUUAGCUUCAUGUACUAGAUGUUAUCAUCUAACCUGCAAUCCAUUUUAUUUUAUUUAAGUUUUGGGCUUUUUUGUUUGUGUAUAUUUUCUUCCUCGGACGUGUCAAGUACGACCAACUCGCUCCACAGGCCAAAUUCCCUUCUGACAUACUGUGAGAGCCAUUUUAACUUUUUCAGUCGGUUUGCAUGUGUGCUCCAGACCAAAAGCCUGUGAAUGUGUGGAAGUGUGCGUGUGUGUGCGUCUGUGCGUGCACGUGUGUGCGCAUGUGAAAGAGAGAGAGAGAGAAAGGGAGAAAGUAUGCACAAUUCAAAACAAAGGGACUUUAUUUCUCUACGUGUCAUCCUCACCUUUCAAAGUUGUAUUUUUCUAAGCGACCAACAACGAGUAACAUUCCCGAUUUGAAGGAAAAAGCUUUGAAAGGAAGGAUGUCUUUGUAGCACACAAUAAAUAGACACGCACGUAGACUGUGUGGGGGUGCAAGGCCGAGAUGUCUGUGAUGGUUUCACGUUACAUAUCCCCCCCCCCCCUCCUCCCCACACACACAUGCGAACCCAGCCUUCAGUUUUCCAUCGGAUGGGGUUAGGGUGGGAGACAUCUGUGGACUAAUCUCCAUGAUUUUUUGCUAAUAAAAGAGCUGCUGUGGUGAAACCAUAGCAACCUAUAUGCAACAAACUCGUCACAUUUAUUUUGUGGUCACGGGGUGGAACUAUAUUGGAAAAAAUAUGCCAUAUGCGAUAUGAAUAUUAUUGCACUGUUUAACACCUAAAGAAAUGACAAAGUGGGAUUGGUAAUGUUUUAUUGGGGCGUCUCAACUCCUCAAUCCUGCACUAAUGUUGUUUUAUGUCAGUGAUAAAGAAUGAUUGAAUUCUGUUGUUUGUCUAGAAAAUGUUGCAGCACUUUGUGUUCCUUCCCUUGCUUAAAGGGUUGAAACACGGCAACAGAUGUUAAUUCGCAUUAAACUUGUACACACACAA